AUGGCGCACUUUGAUCUGCCAAAGAAAAGGGGACAGCUCACAUAUGAUUGCAAAAUGAUUUUCACUCAUGUUUUAGCAACUCUCAAUUAUGCCAAUACUUUGGGCAGCCCCUACGUAAGCACUUUUGACCACAUUUCACACAUUGGUCCUAAUGCUAUUUACUGGAAUGGUCAAACGAAGAGUUAUACUCCACAAACUGAGCAAGUCGUGAGUCAUCUAAACUUCUUUCAAGGUCGAGCAAUGGCUGAAGUACUCUCUCUACCUCAUCACUUAGCAACUUGGCUUCAUCAAGAACCAUGGUCAAAGCACGCUUGCAAGAUUCCUCAUCCCGGAAUGCGAGGGUCCAUCUCCCAUCAACUAAAGCUUUCGAUCUUAUUUUCGCACGGGCCGUGUAAUUGGAGGUGUCGGAAAAUGGGAGUGAGGAGGGCCGGAUUCGGAGGUGUAGCCAUCUUGAAUGCUUAUCAUCUAUUCUGGGCUGAAUGGGGAUAA